AUGCCAAAAGAACAGUACAUGUGUCAGCUUUGCGCGAAUCAUGGAAUCUUCAAUCAACCCAAAAAAGGUCACAAACAGAAAUGUCCUCAUAAGAGCUGCUCGUGUGGCUUGUGUGCGUUAAACACGAAGCGCAGAGCCCUCGAUCAAAUCGAGCGUCAUCUCAAGAACAAUAAUUCGAAUGAUAAAGAACCAUCACUUGAUCACGAGGAAGAAAAACCACAAAUAAACUCGUCAGGUUUGUCGAGACAACCGAGUCCGUAG